AUGACGUCUGCAAUCUACGAAAUCACCCUCCGAAACCGAUCUGGCUCUGCCCAGAACUACGUUAUUUUCAACGAAGCACCGAAAAUCAACGAUGUCGUCAGUUCGGACAUCUGGUUGAACGUGUUCCAGAGAAAAAUGGUUCCGAACAACGGCGCCGCUGUUUUUGAAUUCAGCACGGAGUACACUGCUGUUUGCGGUGCCGCCGACAAAGCUCCAAAGAAUGGAGUCACCGUGACUGUCGGAGAGCCGAGGACUGUCACCCUUGGUACUGCCGAAAACAGUGGCAAGCUCAAGACACCUGGUAGCUCGUUCCUUGUGAAAAUCGUUGAUGGGUUCCCCGUCUUUAGCGAGGACCACAUUCAACCUGGUGGCAAAAUCAAUGCCUUUGAAAUUCGCACUGGUGAUAUCAAAAAUUCCGAUGCGGUCAAUGGAAACUGGAUGAUCGGUCUGGGCAGCGGUGGCCUUGAUGGCACCGGUCUUGGUGGACCUGCAGCAACAUUCAAGCCCCAGGGUCACAAGUCCUACCAGAUUGAACCUGUCAAGAAAUAUUGGAUUUCAACCGCCGACUACAAGCAAGGUUCCAUGAUCAAGGUCGCCGCUGUUGCUGACAAGGCAACAUUGGUUGACUUCAGCAAGCGGGCCUCUCGCAGCAUUGUCCUAGAGCAUGGCGAGUACGGCGAAAUCACCCCUCAGGACGAGUAA